AGAGCACGCACCACUCCCCUCUCGUCCCGCUCAGCCCUCCUGCAUUCAUUUUUCGCUCCGCAAAGGCCCCGGCCCACACGUGCUUAUCUGACAACUUAGGAAAGGCUCAAUAUCGAACUCACGCUAAAUAACAGUGGGGCUAGGGUGGCACCAUGGCGGAAUGGUUAAUGUAUCGCUAUACCGGCAGCAAUGCCAACGGUACCCCAAUAAGACCGAAGACGGCAGAGGCGAGGCAAUGGGACCUUACAACCACUGACGCGCUCGGGAGGACAAUAUCGGGAACUUCGAGCACUACUUCGCCAAUUCCAACCCCCGGGCUCUCGAUGGACACAACACGGGGCUCCAUCUCGAGCUCCUCUACCCAGAGCACGAGAGACGAGAGCGACACGCUGAGGAACCCUUUCCUACUCCGCCACGGACGGCGAUACCUGCGAGAGCUCCCCUAUCCACUUCCAUGCGACCUCCCCGAGCUCCAGCGACAGAACCUUCAUACAAUCCUCGCCACUCAAAUCCUUGGUCGAGCUUUAGGCUCCACCCCUUGUUCCGAAAAUCCUCCGGCAAAGGUGCUAGAGAUUGCGUGUGGUAGUGGAUACUGGUCCUCAGUAUGUCAUGAAUAUUUAGGUGCGUUGGGCCACGAGGACGUGUCGUUCACUGGUUUGGACAUUGUCCCGCUGGCGGGUGAUCUGCGGAGACAAGGGAUAGAUUGGCGAUUCGUGCAGCACGAUCUGCGGAAGGUGCCAUUACCAUUUUACGAUGGAGAGUUUGAUAUAGUGGUGAUGAAGGAUAUGAGCAUGGCGGUACCCCUUGGCUCGCCUUCACAGAGGAUACUCGACGAAGCGAUGCGGAUAUUGAAAUCGGGCGGGACAUUAGAGAUCUGGGAGACGGACCACAUAAUACGGUCGAUUCUACCACACCCUCCACCACCACCAGGAAAGAAUCCAGAAGAGUACGCUUGCGCAGUGGCGACAGGAACGUUCCUUAUAUCUCCAAUAACGCCGUUUACAGGGGUCCACAACAAGUAUCUGCAGGAUUCGAAUACAUGGAUACAAGAGGCGCUAGACAAACGGAAGCUCUCACCUACGCCUUGUGCUAGAGUAACGCAAAUGCUGCUUCAGGAGCCGGACUCAUUGUGUGAUGUGGAGUACCGAAGGGUAGCCAUUCCGCUUGGCGAGAUGCGCUGGGAGCGAGAGGCCGCAGCGGAGAAGAAUGCUUCGAAACGACGAGGAAGCGAGGCUGGGAAGGGGAAGCAAGGGAGCGGUGCGCUGGACAGCUCCACACUGACUGAAGAACAGGCGGCUCUCAGGUAUACGGCUUUGCUUGUGGUUAUCCAGAUGAUUGAGAGUCUAGAGCCUUUAUUAAAAGAAGUCAGCGGGAAAAAUCAAGAGGAAUGGCAGCGGUGGUGGGGUUGGAUGAUGACGAAUCUACUGGAACAGAAGGGCGCUUCAAGUGGAGAAUGUCUGGAGAUUGGAGUAUGGUGGUGCCAUAGGGUGUGAUUCCGGAGUGCCACGUACCUUUUCUUUGUAGAUAUACCCAUGUUUAACGGCUGGCAAUUAGGAACAAUAGGCAUCGCGCAGUUGGAUCCUUUAAGACUUGUCAUAUCUUUGGCGUAAGGUGCGAUACCGCUUGAGGAAAUACCUGGAUGUACGGUCAAUACGAUGUCACAAGAGUAUGCUGACCCCUACUCUGAAAUUUGAACAAAAAUGACUAGACUAGUAAACCACAUGCUAAAAAAAAAGGGGAGGGGGGGCGAGGGUGUUUCAAGAAAACGUAGGUUUUGGCCUUAUACCAAGUCUUUGACAUAUUUUGUUGACU